AUGUCUUCCAGUGACCGACCGGUGAAGAACGCGGCAGGCCGCUAUAUCAAUGUUGACUUCCGCAAGGCCGCCGGAUACCAGCAUCCGCCCAUCAAGUGCAGCUUCAACCGCCGAGAUGUCCUCCUUUUUGCCAAUGCGAUCGGGUGCCAAAAGGAUGAGCUGCACUUCCUCUACGAGCUGCAUCCCGACUUCGCCGCCUUCCCCACGUUCCCCAUCAAUCUCGCCUUCAAGCAGACGGACCAGGACGUCUUUGACUUCGUCGCGCGCACAGUGACCGGCCACGUCCCGGGCUGCCCGCCCUUUGACGCCCAGCGUUCCGUCGACGGCGAGCGAGGCAUCGAGAUCCUGCGGCCCAUCCCCGUAUCUUCUGACGGUCUAGACCUGGAGGUUCGGAGCAAGGUCAUCGGAGUUUACGACAAAGGCAAGUCAUGCGUCCCAAGGCGAACGGGGGAGGCACGAGACUGA